CUGCCCCCCAUCAGUUUUUCAUGUUCCUUUUUCUUCUUGUUUCUUGGCAAUUUUAACUAUAUGCCAAUUGGUGCUUCAACAAGAUGUUGUUUGAUGCUUUACUACUCGGCAUUUUUCUGGCGACUAGGUCAUUUCUCGUCUUCGGAAGCGCCUCACUUGUUCGUGCCGGUAACACGCCUGAUUCUUCUGGAUACAACACACUGGACCUCGUUCCAAGAACCCCCGCCCGGCCGAUCCGACAGCCAAAGGGUACGAAGCAAAAAAACAGCACAUCUUUAGAUACGAGCUGGGUCAAUGCUAUCCUCUUCGCAUACACGGGGGAGGAGGAGUUGGGUUCCAAGCAAGGAAACGCUUCAGUCUCAGCCAGCAUUGAAAUCUCUUGCGCGACGUGCUAUAUAAAAGGAACCGCUACCACAGAGUUUAUAUAUGACCGCGAAUUCAACGUCAGCCGCGCUUUUAGCAAUUUUACCAGCCAAGUCAGACGCGAGAUCGACAACCUGGCAGACGAGACGGCCGAUUACAUAGAAAACUACAUCGAUACGGUGGCAGAUAAUCUAGAUGACGGAUUUGACCUAGACGAUUUCGAUCUACCGCCAUUGGACUACAACUUGAAUGUUGACAUACCCGAGAUUCCGGAGUUUCGACUUCAGUUCCAAUUCGAUGGAUUAGAAGUCUACAUGUUGAUCGACACAGUCCUCUCGGCUGGUGCCACAUAUACUCUGAACCUGUACACUUCUACUACUCCCGCAGGCUUCGCCGUGCGAGACAAUCUGGAGCUCGGCGUUAUCUUUGCUAUCGACCUUAUCCUAUCUGUAGAAGGUGAGAUCAACAUUAGUAGCGGGUUUCAUCUCAGACUGGAUGAUGGCGUUUUGUUUGAUAUUGCUAUAUUUUCCAAAAGGAUUUCAAAUUUGACAAUAAAUGGUGGCGACUUCGAAUUUCUGCCAGUCACUCUCGAAAGCGCCGGUGUUGUGUUCAAAGCUGUUCUGCGUGUCGGUGUAAAAGCAGGCUUUGAAAUAGCAUCACCUGAAGUUUCCAUCGCUGGGAAGACAAUCGCUCAUGUUGGUGGUGGUGUUGAAGUGGGAGUAUUUGCCAACAUUGCCGAAUUAAUCACCAAUGUCACUCUUUCCACCGAUGAAGACGACGAUUGCAGCCUUCGAGUUGAGGAAGUCUAUCAACUGGCUAUUGGCGCUGCUGCUGGAGCUUCGAUUGCUAUUGAUGAUAUGACAUGGGGGCCAGUGCCCGAAACUGAGAUUCCUGUCUUCUACACUACACUCGGGCAUGCUUGUGCCCGCCAGCGAAGCAGCGAUGCUGCGUUAUCCGUCACGGCAUCCCCAGCACUAGAAGCGAGAGGGAACAACGAUGAUGAAGAUGAGGUGGAGACAACGACAAUCUCGACCAAAGCGACAUUCGUUGUUGUAGCGUGUCGAUCAGAAGGAUUAGUCAACUGUCCAAUGUCACUCCAGACAACGUCAAAGUACACCACUACACGAACACAUGUUACUGUUGUUCCAACGGACAGUGAAGCCGAGUUCCCCGAGUCCGUUCGCCAUACUGUUACGAGCUUGGUUGCAUUCGGAAACGGCGCAAACAAGUUGGUAGCAAUGUCAGGAGCUCCGUCUUCUUAUGUUCCGCCAACCACGACACCUUCAGCCAAAGAAAAUGGCAAGGGCGAUGAUCCAAGUGAUACUCCGAAUGAGAAGUCUGGUGGAGUCUCCAAAAGUGUCAUUAUUGGUGUCAGCGUCGGCCUUGGAGUGCCUUUUCUGCUGGGAGGGAUCGCUGUUGUUUUGCUUUUGAGAAAGAAGAAAGGCUCCCUUCCUGAAACAUCGCCGGCUCCCGUUGAAACCAUAGAGUCGACACUAUCGUCUUCAAAGACUCAUGGUAUUUCAGUACACGAGCGGAGAGAUCCAUGAUUGGUCUUCAAAGAGUAAAUCUACUCAAUUUAGCCCGUGUUCCUGGUGAAUUCUGCUAUCAGGCUUCGAAGCAAUGCGGAUUAAGUUGAGGCAUCGCUAAGAAUGUGAAACGAGGGUAUACAACAAAGCCACAUAUCCCCAUGACAUCAGUAACUAAAAUACUGGUCUAUUGGAUUUGAAUCCAGCAUACCGUUAUCUCUUCUUCGUUUUCUAAUCAACAUGAAUAUAUGGAAUCGAACCAACCUUGUCCAAUUUAGUCACGGACAUCUCAAACUCGAAGGAAACGUGGUUCAGUGUUAUUAAAUCAAUUGUGAUUUACACAUUCUCUGUUCCUUCAAAAUAUAUAGUCAUUAUUUUAAAACAGCUUGUAAGAGCAGAGUGAUCGACAGGAACUAUUCUCUAUUGCCCGAUCACUAAGGAUUUAUUUCAGAAUGUAUAAGAUGUCGUGACUAGAUAAACUGCAAUAUCUAAGGUAAUUGUCCUCCCG